AUGACCCUAAUGAUGACCAGUGAGUCAAAAAAGUAUUUUAACUGCCACAUUCACACAAAAAAUCAGAAGAAAAGGGCAGUCUGCUUCUCACCUGAAAAGAAAAGUCAAAUGACUAGACUUCAAGAGCAGAAAUUCCCAGUAAAGAUAUCCAAAUUCAAGAUAAACUGGAAUUCACUGACAAGACAUUGUCAUCAACCAGGAUACCAAUAUCUUGCACACAACACUAAGUGACAAGAAUGCUUUUGUUCCUGUAACUGUUCCAACAGACUCCAUCAUGUCCCUGGACUCCCUGACAAAUGCUGUCCCAGAACAGCCUAUCACAAUAAUGGUCAAAUUGUUCAACCUAUCCCAACCCAAGAAGAUCAUAACUCGCAACAAAACAGAACUUACCAAACAGGAUGGAACACCUAUGGACCCAACAGGACAAAUCAACAUUGUUCUUUGGCAGGACUAA